CUUUUUUUUUCGCGCUUGGUUCUAGGCGCGGCGCGCUUAUUUAUGUGGGCGGCGCUGCGGCGGCGUCGAUAGCUGCAGAUCCACACAGCAGUCUUUUUGCGGUUGUUGAUGUGCGGGCGCGGUUAUUUAUGUGGGCGCUGCUGCGGCGGCGCCGACCGGCUGCAGUGCCAGCAGGGUGCUGCUGGGGGCCUGGCGCGGUGUGGGACCGGCGCCAAAGGGCCGCGGGCGCUGUGAAUGGGCUCGAGGUAUACCACAAUGCGCCACAAGCGUGGGUAGCACUCUCCCUGUAUCGUGCGGCCGCAAAAAGCAAGACUUUCUAGUGCCUUACUGCCGCUAGAUAGCAGGUCAUUGAGUUUUUUGGGUUUGUGCACACAGCGCACUGGUGGCGCGGUGCUUCAUACGCAUCGCAAAAGAUGAGCCUUACAGCGCUCCCAAACGACUGCCUGCUCGCAUGCCUUGCUCGUGUGCCCUAUGCCGACCUGCGCAAUGGCAUCCCCUGCACUUGCAAGUCAUUGUGCGACGCGGUGGCGUCGUCCGCGUUCCGCAAGACGCGAGAAGCGGCCGGAUACGUAGAGUGGGCCGGGUUCACCAUCGACUGGCGGAACAAUGCGGCAGCUCCCUACCUGAUCCAGGCGUCGGGCGCAUACCGCGUGGCGCCAGGCCCACAACUGGGGCAAGACUGGCACCUGGCGCGCCUCUCCAGUGGGCGCGGCGACGAGAUUGUUAUCCUACAGACCUACCCGGAAAUGCGUGCUGUUGCGUUUCACCCGCUGCAGAAUCGCUGGCGGGAGCUAGCGACGCCCUCUCGAGAUAGCGAAUGGUUCGGCGGCGACGGAAUUGGCGAGUGGGUGACCUGUUGCGGCCUUGGCAGCACCAUCAUGUUGAUUGGUGGCGAUGUUGUGCCGCGUAUGCCCAUUGACGUCUACGAUGCUUCCCAAGACACCUGGUCACGUCGGCCGGAUUUUCCGUUCUGUGAGCCUGGCGAAUGCUAUUCAAAAGCCAUCGAGGUCGAUGGAAAGCUCUGGCUCUAUGCUUUGGAUGAUCAUCUCCAGGAGACGUUCGUCUAUGAUCCCGCGACUCAAACUUGGGCGGCCGGGCCGCGCCUUCCUCAUGAGCUUUACGAUGAGGGAGGAGUUCAUUGGCACUACCAGGCAUUCGAAUGGCGGAAGCGGUUCUGUCUGAUGGCCUGUUGCAAACUGGCCCCCGAAGAUGUUGCUCGGCCCUACAAUGUGAGAUACUUAGCUUUCAUUUGGGACCCACUCCGAGAGGCAUGGGACGAGGCACCCUUUCCCGUGCCGCCGGUCCUCGCUCUCAUUGGCGAAAGCAUCGACAACCAUCUCGUUGUGGUUGGCCACGUAGAUUCUUCGGAUCCCACCGGUCGAAUAUCAACGCGGCGCCUCUUCGUGCUGAGACCGGACAGCCGCGUCUGGGACGAAUGGCGCGUCCCCGACGAAGUGAGAGAUAGCGGAAUAUACGUCACCGCGGUCCGCCUCGGCUGAGUCAUCGCGCCCACCUCACGCCA